GGCAGGGGUCGCAGUGCGCAGGCGCCACACUCCAGCACGCAGCCAGCGUGUCGCUCCGGAGCGGUGCGCGCGCAAUCCCUGCCCAUGCUGCGCUCCGGCCCCGAUGCUCGGCGUCCGUAAGCAAGCAUGCAUGUGUAUGGGAGCAGGCGGGGAGAAGCAAUCCAUGCAGGCUGGCCUUGCGUAGAAUGCCGAGGCUGCCGGCCCACGCACACGUGCAAGCUGCUCGGCCCGACGCUGCCGCACAUCGCCGACUCCGCCGCACCGUGCCGAUGCUGCUAGCCUUGUCGGCGGCUCCCGCUCCCGAGGCAUGCCAAUCAGCGGCAUGUGGUGGGCCAAGCCCACGCAUGCCGUGCCACUGCGCGCAGGAUGCGACGUGGGAAGAGCCAGCGAGCCGCGCCUGGCGGCAGGCAGCGUGGCCAGGCGCAGCUGCGCAAGAUCCCGCCGUCCUGCUCGCCGCAGCGGGCAGCGCCUGAGAGCAGGUUGAGAAC